AUGCGCGGCCCCAUGCCGCACGGCAAGGAGCUGCUCGCGUGGCCGGCGGCCAAGGUACACCUGUACACGCUCGAGGCGGCCCACGUGAAGAACGCCGUGGGGCGGGAGCGCAUCCGGCGCAACAAGGACGCGCUGCGGGAGCUGCGGUGCCUCCAGGAUCGAGAUCCUGGCGGACCUCCACGCUGGAGAGUAUGGCACGCCCGAGAGGCGCGACGCCGCGGAGGCCGCCGCGGCUGGGUGGGAGUCGCUCAAGCAGGCGGCCGCCCGCCGCGGCACGACCGCGGAGGCCCUGUGCGAGGUGCCGCGCGGCGUGGCGCGCUUCCUGGCCUCGCGGCGCGCCUCUGA